UUUUAUUUUGCACUCGUGUUUGAGCGAUAUAUUUUACUCUGUUUUAUUUUAUUUUACAUGUAUGUAAAAGCCAUAUACUGGCAAAUAUCUAUAUUAAUAACUGUUUCCCAGGAUACACAAAAUUGUUCUUCCCGCAUUGGGCUCUUGGUGGCGUAGAGAGCCGAUUCCUCCGUUGAGUCGUAUUCAAAUCUCAGCAUGAUUUCCCAAUGCUGCUAUUUGUAUCCUAUUUGUAUCCCGUUUUAAUUACAGGCAUCUUUUCCUGAGAUGCAGACAGAAAUCAGCCCCUUUAUAGAAUGAUAACACAAAACUUAUUACGGUAUUCCGUAAUGCAGGACGUUUGUGAUUAGGCAAUCGUGAAAAGCGAUGAGAAAAGUAACGGGUGUCACAUGGCAUCGCCCCUACUUCAGCAUUGCAUUAGACAAUUUUUAAAACUUGAAUAAUGACACGGAAAAACUUUAAUAGACAUUGAAUUGAAAAAUAUGCAUGUAUAAUGUGAUUUUUAUUAUUUAUACUCUCGAGCCGUUGUACCUGGCCAACUUUCAAGCCGCUAAGCUUUGUUUGUUUUGAGAAGCUCAUGUAUUUAUAAUUGCCAUGUAUACAUUACUCUUCUUUUUUGGUUUCAUUGUUAAUUCUAAUGAAAGUAUAAUAAAAUAAGAGAAAAUAUAUUCAAGUGAGGCGUGAUUUGUGGUGUUCGAGCGAGUCGUCAUGAUUCAGUCCAGAUGAGUCGAGCGCAGAUUGAAUCGUUUGUCAUUUCUGCAGUAUGGCGGAGGACAAGGAUCCGGUGACUCAACUGAAGGAUCUGGCUGAGCUCAAAGACCAACUGGAGGAGAUCCAGAGGAAGGUGGAGAAUGAGGUUCAAGCUGGAAUUCCUCAGGGUGGCUCACUAUUAGCAUCUCCUUUCCUGAAAGGAUUCCUGGCCGGGUAUGUGAUUUCCAGACUGCGUUCCUCAGCCGUCCUGGGAGUGGCUUUGGGAACCUUGACCGGAAUCUACGCCGCUCAGAACUAUGAGGUGCCCAACAUUGAGACGAGCCUACGAGACUUCCUGAACUCUCUGAAGAAAGGGCCGAGUGAUUAA